AUGGCUGUCAGCAGCAAAUAUGCCCAUCUUCCAGACGUGGAUGCUGCCCCUGAGAUUUACGAAACCCCAGAAUUAGCCGACGAUGUAUCUACCGCGCAGACAGGUACACUGCGCACGAUAUCACCCUCUCCUUCAGAAGAUGAAGCGCGUCCAGGUCUGGACAGACAGCACCUCGAUCGAGACGGAGCAAGGCGGAAAUUCGAACCCUCACAAGUGGAUGCCCGUGAUGUAGACUUUUCAGACACAAUCGCGGGCACACGACGGUCGUACCGGACUCGCAGCUCACGGCGACGACGGAGGCGGCUUGAAGAUGGCGCAGAAGAACUUGGUGACCUGAGUGAUAGCGAAGACGAGACCUUGAGCAGGAAGCUCGCCCGGUUAAAACGUGAAGCCGAAGAAGUCAGGCUUGAAAUACAGCAACGAGAGCAAGAGAAAGACACCGACGAGAAACUCAAAGAGACUGUCGAACAGCAUGACGGUGAAGACGAACAUGAUGCCAAUGUGGAUGGUGUCGAACAACUCAGCAAAGUUCUCGAUCAGCUGAGCACAAAAGCAGGAUCCAGGUCCUCAGGAAGCCUGGAGAAUCAAUUUCUGUCAAGACUAGAUGCAAGGUCAAUACGGAGGAAUGGCCAAGAGACGAACCGGCCUGUGGCCGCUCAAAAGGAAGACACCCAAACAGCACCAUCGGCUCUGUCGGCUGUGGCAGCUUUCUCAGACAGACUCACCGCCCUCGAAGCUGCACUGGGUAUUCCCUCCACAAACGUCGAGUCCCAGACAUUGUCCCUCUUACCGACACUGGACGGUCUAGCGAAGCAGAUCACAGUAUUGUCCAACACGCUGGCGCCGAAAUCCUCGACGGCGUCCUCCAACUCUCAACCUCCACCAAUUCUAAACGGCGUUUCCUCGAAAUUGAAGACCCUGAUCGCCGAGUCCGAUCGCCUUACUGCCUCCCGCAAACAAGCCCAGCAAGCUCUCGUCGAGCUACACGAAGUGCGUAUGCGCCAGCUCGGAUACAGCGGCUCACGACCGCGCCGCGGGUUCUCCAAUGCAUCUGCGAACAACAAGACCGAUGCCGACCAAGCUGGUCCAGGCGACGAGUCCUUGCAAAUCCAAUCCCAGGUGUUUCUGGACGAGCAAUCCACAAAAAUCACAGCCUUGUACCAGGUACUCCCCACCAUCCAGAACCUCCAGCCUCUCCUUCCAACUGUCCUAGACCGGCUGAGGGAAUUGCAUGUGAUUCACGCCGGGGCCGCCGACGCUAAGAACAAUCUCGAUGCAGUGGAGAAAAGUCAGGCAGAAACUCGCGAGGAGAUCAAGCAGUGGAGACAGGCGGUUGAGGAUGUCGAGAAAGGCAUGGCAGAUCUAGAGGACGCCAUGAAAGGGAACGUCGAGGUCGUGGGCGAGAUGGUUUCAGGGCUGGAGAGCAGAAUGGCAAAGUUGCAUCAAUAGUAAUGAACCAUCGCUUGCC